AUGCAGAAAAGAGUUAACUGCUUUGGAAAAGCUGAAAAAAUAGCCCCUCCUGAGGCCUCUACUCCUGUAUGCAAUGUUCCCAAGUCUAUCCGCUCCUCAAAAAACUGUAGUUCCUCUGCUAAGGAACCUUCAACAGAGCAAUGUCUGAAUAGUUCAGUACCUGAGCCAUGCAGCUCUGUACCACAGCCAAUUCCUAGCAACAAUGAAUUAACUGAUAUGUUUGAUGGUAUAUCAACAAAACUCCAGUCUUCUUUACCUGUUUCAACAAACCAGUCUACUGUCCCUGAAGUUCAUGAUAACUCCUUGGUAGAAGAAGGAACCUGUAUUGUCAACGUUGCUCCAUCUAUUUCUUCUAAACACAGUAGUGGCCAACAAAUUGUUGUUAACACCCAGCUCGUGAACACAGGUAGGCAACGAAGGACCAAAAAAACCAGUUUUUCUUGCUUGAAGCAUAUUCCAACCGAAUCAUUGGUCCUCCCUGAUGCCCCAAAGUGUCAACACUGUGGGGCUUAUCGAUUCCAUUUGGAACCUCCCAAUUUUUGCUGUUCAGGUGGAGAGGUUUCUGUUGUUCAUCCUGUGAUGCCUUAUGCCCUCUUCCGCCUUUAUUCCGGUACAGAUGAGGAAUGUAUUCACUUCUGCAAGAAUGCACGUACCUAUAAUAACAAUCUUGCCUUUACCACUUUUGCUGCAAAAUAUGAUAGAAAAAUGACUAAAAAUUCUCAGGGAGUUUACACUUUCCGUGUCCAGGGUCAAAUUUAUCAUCUUCUGAAUAGUCUCACACCAAAUGGCCACCCUCCUACUGGUAUCCAGCUGUACUUUUAUGAUCAAGAGGAAGAAUUGUCACAGAGACUCAAUACUUCUCCAAGAUUACGGGAGAGUACUCUUAAGCUUCUGAUGGGUAUUCUUGAGCAGAAUCCUUAUACCAAAGUUUUUAAGUCUUUAAGAGAGCUUCCUAAUCUAGAUAACCAUAGCAUAUUUCUUAAUUCCAACCCGGGCCUUGACCAACAGUUAUAUAAUAUGCCAACAGCUUCAGAAGUCGCUGCAAUAUGGACAGAGCAUGAUAGUGAAACCUUAGAAAAGGGCACCAACAUACAGGUUUAUAGUCAUGCAAAUACAAGCCAUAGAAUCCAACACUAUUUUGCAUGCUACGACUCUUUGCAGUACCCACUAUUGUUUCCCAGAGGUGAAUCUGGUUGGCACUAUGGUAUUCCAAGAAACACUACUGCUAAUAAAAGAAAGAGGGAAGAAAUUGAUGAUCACAGCCUUGUUGCUUUACCUAAGAUAGGAAAUGCUGUUGAUUUUAUUCAAAAGGAAAAUGAAGUUGCUGAGGAGGGAAAGAAAAAACGGGAAACUGUUUCUGCUCGAGAGUAUUAUUGCUACAAAUUGCAGAUCAGAGAUGAUGACACCUCAAUGCUCUUGCACACAAGGAGACUAUUGCAGCAAUUCUCUGUGGAUAUUUAU